UUCCUGCAAUCAAUUUGCAGGUCGGGACCGCGCGGUACAAGGACGAGUAACCAUUAUUAUUGUCGACCCCAUUAAUAAUGUUCGACGGUGUCGAUCUGUUUCUUUCGCAGACAUCCUAUUUCUAUCUUUGAAUUUCCGACAACACACCGCGAGAUGCUAGUCAAGGCCAUCUCGCCCAAUGAUUGUGUGGCAGAGGAGGGGAUCCCGGAAAGUUAAGACUCUCUCCUAUACACAACGAGGACUCACCACCAGUGGGUUAAUGAGAAUCACGAACGAUGAACCUCGGAUGAACAGAGUGAAAGUGCUUCGGAUGCAGUUUUGCAGGUGUUGUACUAGGCUGCACUCUGUGUAAUUAAGUAUGACCACUUAGAGCCGUCAUCAUCCUCGUCAUUGAUGACCAGAAACCUACUCGAUUAGGAAGGCCGAUGGUUUCCAAGGCGGUCCAGGAUCGCAA